AUGGUGCCCCUCAACUUUAUCCAUCUUCGUACCAUUUCCCGCCACAAUGUCUCUGUCGGAACUCUUCUCCAUGGCUUCAUCUAUAGGCCCUUUUGCCACUGUCCCGUCGCCGACAGCUCCUCUUCGGCCCCGCCGUCGUCGACGGUCGUCAAACGAGUGUGCUUUUGGGUUUGCGACUCGUAUUAUAAUAACCACCCGAGAAAGAAAUCCCAUUCGAACUCAACACGUUCGGUGUUGAACCUGCCGAUAGAUUCCGAUUUCCUUACCACGGAACAGGCGAUCACCGUGGUGGCUUCACUGGCCGACGAGGCUGGUUCAAUGGUGGCGAUGAGUUUUUUCUAUUGGGCCGUCGGGACGCCCAAAUUCAGGCACUUUAUGCGGUUUUACAUUGUCUCGGCUACCUGCUUGAUUAAAAAUGGAAACUUUGAGCGGGCCCACGAGGUUCUGCGCUGUAUGGUGAGGAAUGUAGCUGAGAUUGGGAUGUUGAGGGAGGCCGUGGACGUGAUUCUCGAGAUGCCCAGCCAAGGUUUGGUUUUAACAGCUCAUACUUUGAAUUGUGUGCUGAGUGUGGUGAGCGAGAUGGGUUGUUAUGAGAUUGCUGAGAAUGUGUUCGACGAAAUAGCUCUAAAGAUAUUUAACAAAAUGGUUGAGAUGGGGUUCGAGCCGAACAUAAUCAAUUUUUCUUGUUUAAUUAAUGGGUUAAGCCGCAGGGGAAGCAUUAAGCAAUCGUUUGAAAUAUUGGAAGAGAUGGUUCGGAUUGGGCUGAAGCCGAACGUGUAUACUCACACAGCUUUGAUCGAUGGCCUAUGUAAGAAAGGUUGGACAGAUAAGGCAUUUCGGCUUUUCUUGAAACUCGUUCGGAGCGAAAGUUACAAGCCCAAUGUGCACACUUAUACUGCCAUGAUCUCUGGAUACUGCAAGGAGGAGAAGAUGAACAGAGCAGAGAUGUUACUGGUGAAAAUGCAGGAACAAGGGUUAGUUCCUAAUUCGAACACUUAUACUACUCUUAUAGGUGGCCAUGCUAAGGUUGGGGAUUUUGAUAGAGCUUAUGAGUUAAUGGACAAGAUGGGGAAAGACUGUUUAACCCCUACUACUUGUACGUAUAAUGCUGUUAUUGACGGUCUCUGUAAAAGAGGAAGGGUGAAGGAGGCCUAUGGUUUGAUGAAAACAAGCUUUAGGAAUGGGAUUUGUGCCGAUAAAUUUACAUAUACCGUGCUUAUAUACGAAAGUUGCAAGCAAGAUAAUAUCAAACAGGCUUUGGCACUUACGAAUAAGAUGAUGAAAAUUGGAAUUGCGCCCGAUAUGCACACUUACACAACCUUGAUCUCAUCUCUUUCGAGGCAAAAGAAAAUUCGAGAAUGUGAGAGGAUUUUUUGGAAUGCUCUGGAUAAGGGACUAGCUCCAACCACGCAGACUUAUACAUCUAUGAUUUGUGGAUACUGUCGGGAUAAUAAAGUCGACAUGGCGGUGAAGUUUUUUCAUAAGAUGCGUGACAAUGGCUGUACACCUGAUAGUUUUACUUACGGUGCUCUAAUAAGUGGGCUUUGUAAGGAAUCCAAGUUAGACGAGGCAAAACGGUUUUUUGACGAAAUGAUGAACAGGGGUAUUUCCCCACCUGAAGUCACUCGGCUGACAAUAGCUUAUGAGUUUUGCCGAAAGGGUGAAUCUUUAACUGCAAUGGUCCUCCUGGAUAGGUUAGACAAGAAGCUAUGGAUUCGUACGGUUAGAACCUUGGUCCGGAAGCUUUGCAGUGAGCAGAAAGUAGAAAUGGCGGCCCAGUUUUUUGAUAAAUUGUUAGAGGUAAACCAUGCAGUGGAUCGUGUCACACUCGCAGCUUUUAUGAGUGCAUGUUAUGACAGUAACAACUAUGCGCUUGUUUCGGAUAUGUCUAGGAAGAUGACGAAAGAAAAAGAUCCAAAAAAAAACCGCCAAGAUGGAAAAUUGCCACCGCCCAAAUUUCAGCGUUCCGCCGAGAGGGCAAGCUGCGCUUGCUGGCACUGGCGGCGCUUUAGGGCGGUGCCGCCGCUGGAGCAGAGGGUGCGGACAGCGUCGGACUCCUCGGGGCAGGCGGCGGCCACCAGGCACUCGGCGAGGGAUCGGUUGAGAUGGCGGCACGCCGCCUCGCGGGAUAGGCCCGCCGGGAUCCGGCGGUGGCAGUCGGUGAGUGCACGGUAG